AUGUUAGAAAUAUUCUGGAAACGGCAUAAUAUUGAAAAUAAAAAAUUGAAAUGUUCAACAAUUUUUACCUAUACAUUAGUAAUCUUCUUUGGGGUUGGAACAUGGUUAAAUUUAUCAGGUGUAUGGAUUGAAUUUCCGUUAAUUGUUCCUGAACUGAUCGAAGGAUGGAAACUUCCGGCAACAUUAGGUCUCAUAUCAAAUUUGGCCAAUGUUGGCGUACUAGUGAUAGCUAUCAUUCGACGCUGUACCAAUCGUUCAUCAGCUUAUGAGAUACCAGCAAAUUUGUUUAUUUUAACCGUGGGAACUGGAGUUCUCAUUGCAUUAGGAUUUGUAUGGAAAAAGACAACGUAUAUAUUCGGUUCUCAACAUAGUACCUAUUUGAUGGUAUUAGCAUUUUGUUUAGCCACUGUUGAUUGUACUUCUUCAGUGACAUUUAUCCCAUUUCUUAAUCGUUAUGAAUCAUUUUAUCUGAAUGCCUAUUUCACCGGUGAAGCAUUGUCAUCAUUACUACCAGCGCUGCUAGGUGCCGUACCAAGUAUUCAAACUUAUUCAUUGAAUCCAUAUUCUAUAACGACUUAUCACAAUACAAUCAUCGCAUGCCAAUUUGCAUAUCCAUUAAUGAGUUUAUUAGCCAUUUUUAUUCCACGACUUUCAUCAAAAAUUAUUUACAUUUUAAAUACUACUGGAACAGCAACAUUUAUUUACGUAUUUAUCACUGCAAAAUUAUCACCUUGUUCACCGUUAGUUGAUCAACUGUCUGGCAAAGUGUUAAUUGCAUUUGUUUGGGUAUUUAUGUAUUGUGUAUUAUAUUAUGAACGAAUUAUAAUUGGAAAUUAUUUACUUCAUCAUUCUGGUCAUCGUGGUCUAUUUUGGUUUGGUGUUUUAACACAGAUUGGAUCAUUGAUUGGAGCAAUUAUUAUUUAUUUAUUAACAUCAGUAUUUAACGUAUUCAAAGAGCGUCAAUUUUGUCAAUAUUAUUCAUGUUAA